AGAAAAAUUAGUCUUUUUUUUUUUUAUUUACACUAUGUUACCUAUUUGUUUUGUUAUAAGACUAUAUUAUUUAUGACCGCAAUAGAAUAUGUAUUAUAUAUAUAUUAAUUAUGUAAUUCAUCAUAGCAGUUUACUGUGAUAUAUAAUAAUGCCUUCCGGUGAUAGUUAUAUAAAUGUUGAAGAAAAUGUUAAACUUAUAACUGUAAACCGUUCCAAUAUGUUGAAAGAACUUCGUCAAAGUUUGAGUUCUUCUCAGGCUUAUCGUAUUUCAAAUACUACUAUACGAUUCCAAACUCAUUUCAUUAUUAUUGUUUUAUUAGUUGGUAUUAUAUUUUUAGUAACUUUAUAUAAUAUUGGACAUUCAGCACCUAAACUAGUUAGUUAUGGUUUUAGUCGUCCAACUGAUAACUUUUUAUUCCGGGAAAUUAAAUCAAAAUAUCCAUUAACACAGCCAACAUUAAUUGACAAUAUUGGUAUUAAAUAUCGUAUUGGUAUGAUAAGUGACCUAGAUAAAGCUUCAAAAAGUGAAAAUGAGAAAAAUACAUGGAUUAGUUAUUAUAAAAAAGGAUACUUUAUUUGGUAUUCUUAUAACAACACAAUUGAUAUCAAAUGGGAUAUUGAAGAACCAAGUAUACUAAAAUCAUCUUUGUCAAUGGGUGGUCGGGGAAUGGAACUCUCUGAACUUGUUACAUUUAAUAACAAAAUAUAUACUUUUGAUGAUCGAACUGGUAUAGUUUAUAAUGUUGAGGACGAUGAUUCAAUUUUACCAUGGAUUAUUCUUAUGGAUGGAAAUGGAAGUAACUUCAAAGGUUUUAAAAGUGAAUGGGCUACUGUCCACAACUCAGAGUUAUAUGUUGGUAGUAUGGGGAAAGAAUGGACUUCAUCUAAUGGUGAAUAUAUUAAUAAUAACCCAAUGUGGAUAAAAAUCAUUAAUAAAUUUGGACAAGUUACUCAUGUAAAUUGGACUGAAAACUACAUUGCUCUUCGAAAAGCAGUGAAUAUAAAUUACCCAGGAUAUAUGAUACAUGAAUCUUGUGUUUGGAGUAGAGUGCAUAAAAGAUGGUUUUUUUUACCACGAAGAAGUUCUGAACAUCAAUAUAAUGAAGAAAAUGAUGAGCAUAUGGCUACAAAUUUAUUACUGAUUGCCAAUGAUAACUUCAGUAAUAUUAAGGUGAUUAAUGUAGGUGAAAAAAACCCAACUCAUGGAUUCUCCAGUUUUAAGUUUGUACCUGGAACUAAUGAUGAAAUCAUUUUAGCAAUUAAAUCAAAAGAGUUAGGUUCUAAAACAUCUACUUAUAUGACAGCUUUUAGAAUAGAUGGAACUAUUAUAUUACCAGAAAUAAAAAUUGCUGAUCAUAAGUAUGAAGGUAUAGAAUUUAUAUAAAACAUUAGGACUGUAUCAAUGAUAUUAACCAAGUAUUAAAUAUUGUUUUAUUGUUAAAUAUAUACUUCAUACAUAUA